CGCCAGCGAAGAAACGCGUCUUGCGAUUAUCAUCUCCCUCGGCUUCCCAUGGAGGGCAAUCCUUCACUCCCUCUGUGGACUGCAUGAGGACCAUCGUUCGCUACUGUGAUUUCCUUUGCGACUUGAUUAUUAUGUCUCCUGCCCUGCGUCGCUUUUUCUCUCUCUAGACCGCUGGGACUGGGUACAACUCUCACUAAUUUGGUGUCAUUCUUUGGAAUCGCUUUGGUCUUUUGCUUUAGUGAUUUAUCUUUUGUAAAUCGCGGACUCUCGUUGCUGACUCACUUUUCUUAAUUGAUUGGUUUAAUUCAUUUCGACCUUCACUUCUGCCUCGUACUUGCCCAAUACUCGUUGCGCACGAUCUCGGCUUCCUUGACGCCCACCAUGGCGACCGUCACUAACGCCCCAUCGGACCUGCCGUUAGAGCGACUGACUCUCUACCAGGCUUCCGAUCCAUACCUGUCGUCCAUCUUCGUCUUCUACGGCCCCGUUGCAACUGCAAAUGCCACCGUCAGCAGCUCGCGCAUCCAGGCGCAUAUCUUGACCCCUGCGGGCUUCCAGAGUUACCCACGAAUUACUAUCUCACCCGCCGCGCCAUUAUACGCUGCAGUCAAUCAUCUACCCCGCGAGAAACAAGGCGAUGAAGUGUGUCGGGGUCUUGCCGUCAGUAUGUUGAAGUAUUUUGCAGAGCUGUCGGAACCCGCCAAGGAAUGUCUGCAAGCCAUAGCCCGUGCGGGGAAAGCAGGUGGGAAUAUCCCUAAAAUGUUUGACGAGAUGCAUGCGGCAGAUCUGGCAAAUCGGAUGGCGAGGGUAGAGCAUCCAUCGGAUAUAAUUCGCGACAUCCGGGGAGCUUUUCAAGAACGUAAAGUGCCAUGGGUGGAUAUUGAUGUAAUGCUUCCGGCGGGGACUAUCCAGCCGCCUCAGCGACCCGGCGACGACGAUCUGGAUGACAACGCUGAUUUCGAGGAUAAUCCGGAUCUCCAAUACGGGCAAUAUACUUCCCUCAUCCGAGGCUUGGGAGCGCCGAUGUUCUUGCCGACGUCGCGACUCAAAAGAGCACCAUCUCAGCCCACGAAUGUGAGCAAGUCGAAGGUGUUCACGAAAAGCCAAAAACAAGAUUUUCGCCUGAAGAUGUGCGAAUUUGUGGACACGGAGGAGAGAUAUGUCAAUAAGCUCUAUACUCUUGUGCGCCAUGUGGCGGAGGAAUAUCGGAUGAAGGCCCAAGGACGAGCGCCAUCUAGUACUAGCCCCGACGAGGCGGCGCUGGCCACUCUAUUUCCACCAUGCCUCAACGAGAUCCUCGACGUUAAUAUGGGUUUCUUAGAGGUGAUCCGUCAGGUCCUCGAAGAAACGGAAAAGGAGGCCAUUGAAGACAUCACAGUGGAUACGGAACUCCAGUCAUCCGUCUCACAACGACACCCAAUGAGAGAAGAAGGAGAUGCAGUUGGGGCGGUCACAUUUGCGCACGCACUGAUUGAGUGGUUCCCCCGGUUUUCCGAGCCUUAUGCCGACUAUAUGCGUGCCCAUACCGGCUUUACCCAGACACUUAACUCGUUCAUGAGGGACAAACAGUCCAGCUUCUCGAGGCGUGUGCAUGACACUGGAGAGCAAUUGCUGCGGUCGCUGCUGAUGGAGCCUGUACAACGUUUACCCCGUUACAGUCUCUUGAUUGACACGAUGACAAGCAGCCUUCCUUUGAUACACCCCGCUGUCCGACCAUUUUUGAAAGCGCGAGACAUUAUCAAGGAUAUAUGUUCGCUAGACGAUCCUUCAUCGACAAACCAUGAUCAAAGCUUCCGCCGGCUAAAGGAGUUAGUAGAUGGCUGGCCCUCAACCAUCUUACCCACCGGCCGGUUGAUCACAGCUGUAGAUUUCUACGAGUUGUCACCACCAUAUCAGCUGGACAACCCGACAUCCGACCCUAACGCCGGCAUUAUGUUGAUUUACAAGAACUGCCUAGUGCUGCUAUCGAAAAUUCCAGGUAGCAAGACAACCGCGCGCGGUCUGUUAGCCGAGCUAGACAACGCUGCGUCAGCUGCCAAUGGCCCGGGUAACUCUUUGCCUUCAACCGAUAUUCGUGUUGUGCAAGUCUACGAUCUCCACACUGUGCGUUGCAUGCAAUCCGCAUGCGGACGGAUCUUAUUCCUUUCACCUACAUCAGUGAAGUCGCGGCCCAAUCAGAACACAACCGUAGAUCUUCUUGCUUUGGAGCCGGCUUCAAUGUAUGAGGGUCGGGCCAGUCGUGUCAUCGAAGAAAUAGUGAAGGCAAAGAUUGAGGGCAGGUUUUCCGAAGGUGAGCGGGAGAAUGGAAAAUGGACUCUUCGGAGUCCCACGGGAACUGUUGGGAACAUCGGCAUCUUGGCGUGUGUUUUCGAGGAGGAACCAAGUGCUGCCGUGAAUCGAGCCGGUCUAUCGAAAAUAAGGGUCGAGUUCGACAUCCCAAAGCCUAUUCGCAGCAAGCUGGCGAACAGUCCAGAUUUGGAAGUUAUUGUGUCCGUAUCUUUGUCGAGUGAAGAACAAUAUCGAGUGGACAUAGACUCUGUAGUUGGCAUCACUUCUUCAGAUAUUGUUACAGCGGAUAGCUUUGUUCCCGUGAUCUCCAAACGCCUCCUGAACUUGCUUUUGCCGUUGCAUGGCACUCAAAACCGGACGAUGACCGAGUCGAUUGUGCAAUCCAAUUUUGACAUACUUCGGUACCUUUCUGGUCAUCUCAUAGCUCAACUCAAGGUUCCUCGUACCUUUCGCCCUCCAUCGCCCUCGAAACUACUCUCUAGUCUUCUGGGCGGGAAUCAAUCACGAGAGAGCACCCCAGGCGCCAAGGCACCAAGUUCUGCAACUCUGUUAGGCGAGUUUCCAAAGAUGCCUCCCCCACGAGCCAGUGUCUCACGUUCCAAUACCCUGCCUUCGGCUUUCCCGGGCAAAGACGACAAGAAAGAUGACUCCCCAAUCAAGAUAUCUGUUGUAGGAACCAUGUCGUCCAAGGGCUCAGAAAGUCCAUUUAGCGUCUUGGAACAGAGCUUUGCCGCAUACGUUCUGGCGUUACAAUCCCGCAGUGGGAACAUUGUUGGGCGGACACUUCGCGGACGAGACAAUAUUGAUCGGGCAGCAGUCAACGAGCUAUACAACAUCCUCUUAGAAGAUCCCGGAAGAAUCCAAGCAGCUGCCGAAGUACCGGUCGACACGCUUUUUGUAGCCUUUGAAACAUUCAUGGUAAACGCAUGGCAGGAGCAAAUGGGUCCAGUGCUGGAUUCAUUAUCACUGAAGUCACUGCAAAGCCAGUUUGACACUAUGUAUCCGCGCGAAUUUGAAGAGAACUUCCGGAAAUUUAUUGCGGAGACGAGUCCCCAGAACCGUCGCGCUCUAGCCUCCCUAGUGCGAUUACUCGCAGAAUUACUUGAUGCUUCCGGAAACGACGGUGAUCGAGGCGCUCUGACGGCCGCUUUUGCAGAGAUCCUAACAGCCGAAGGAGAUCCAAUGCAGCACAUUUCCCUCCUUGAUCGAUUAGUCGACGAUUUUGAUAAUCUUUUCGAUGAGUUCGUUCCUGGAGGGGCAUCUUUGGAAGGGAUUCUAAACUGCGAUCAAAGUAAACCCGUCUCGCAAACCAUGGGUUCGAUAAGCUCCAACGCAUCCUCCUUCCGAAAGCGUUUUGGCUUCAGUCUGCACCGAGAAAAUCAACGAACUGAGGGGGAGAGCAAAGUCACGUCGAUUUUAAGAACCCUGAGCAAAAGCAAAGGCUCUGGCGAUUCAGAACCGGGCACUCCGAGGGGCUCUUUACUACGUUCCAAAUCGAUAGACAUUGACACUAGCUUGGGCCAUCUCCUACGACCUGGUUCGCGCGACCGGCCCGGGGCGUCUAUAUCACAAGAGCAUAUUCGACGACCAGGAAGCUCCCAGGAUGAGACAUCAUCAGUAUCCUCUAUCAGAGGUAUGCCAACCAAUGGAGUUGUGAAAGUUCGCAGAAAGAGGCGAAGCUCUUUGUCGGACCUAAGGCCGGACACAGCAUCAACAGACACUUCGGCUGUAUCUCCGGGACAGGAACAGAGGCCAACUACGCCAGGGUCUUACUCUGAUGUAGUGACGCCAACAGAACAAACUCAGCCACAGGCUAGCCACGGCUCAGGGUCUACACAACGGAGCACUUCUCCCACAAAGACCGGCUCGCCUACUCGGAUGAUUUCACCUAGCCGACGAUCACCAACGCGACCCUCCACUCCCAGCCGAAAAGAAAAUAUUGACCCAAAGUUGCCACAGGCUGAACGCGGAACGUCUUUGCGAAAGAAAGGGGAUGCCUCAGUAUCACCCACACAAGACUCCAAACGAAGGUCCCGAGCAACCAGUGUGCCCUCAUCAAGGGCUCCUGGACUGAAGGAGCGAUCACUUCCUGUUAACGGAGCUUCUAUACAGAAACCGCAAAAGCUGCGGAUGCAAAGCCCACAGAAGCUCCGGGAUCGUCUUCAGAACGAGAAGAAAGCACAGAACGUCGCACAGCUAGGACUAAAGGACGAACUAUUUCUAAUUGGGGAGGAAUUACGAGCGUUGAAGAUUGCAUCACCCCAGCAGACCAAACAUGCAAGACAAAAUUCCGAACACCUAGACGAACCGUACUCACCCGCAAGCAAUACGGCCCUCGCCUCGCGUGUUCGCCACCUCGAGAUGCGGUUUGAUAUGCUAACUUCGGAGUUCGGCAGUCGGACAUCUGCGAUAGAGAAGGAUUUAGAGUCAUCUCUCGUGGUUAGUGAAAAACGAGCCAAGAAGCUUGACGAGCUAUAUCGUGAAGCCAGUGCCGAGAAUGAAGCCCUUUACGACCGAUUCAAUUCUGAGCUGAGCAAGGUUGCGAAAGAUGUGCGGGCAGGAGAUGCUGAAGAUGCGCUUAAAUCCCAACUUUCUUCAGCAUUAGAAGAGAUUGGGCGAUUGAAAAAGGAGAACUUCCGACUAAAGCGAGAGGUUGGGGGUCUAAGAGCUCAACAAGCUGCAGUAGCUUUGUUAAAGGCGAGCGAAUAACGACAAUAACAAUCAGGGCAAAUGAUUGCGAGAUUCAAGCCAUAUGUGUAUAGUGGCUACCGGUUUCCCAGCAUCUGCCUUGGGUGUAUACUUUUUCUUUUCUCUCUC